GUCAAAGUAUGUCAGAAAGUAUUUUGAACAUAAAACAAUUUCGUGUCAGAAAAAUUUAUAAUGGCCGCAUUCGAAGCAGUCAGCAGGAUUACUUUACCAACUUUAAAUGAAGAUGAAGUUAUAGACGUACGGCAUGCAACGUUACCACCAGAGCGAGCUUUAUUAAAUGAUUAUAAUCCAGCUGACCACCGAAACCCUAGAAAUCCAAUUAAGUUAUGGAUGGCCCAUUUCAAUCUUUUAAGAACAUUUUUUGGUGCUGGUAUCCUCGGACUACCGUUAGCAGUCAGUCAAGCUGGUAUUAUACUAGGUCCAAUAAUGACUAUGUCUUUAGGACUUUUAAUAAUGCAUAUGCAUGCCACACUGUUGUGGUGUCUCAAUGAUAUUUGUCGUCAGUUAAAAAUCCCUAACAUAUCAUAUAGAUAUGGAUUUCGUAUUGCAUUACUUCAUGGACCAAGUUUUUGCCGCAAAAUAGGCCAAUAUGGCCCUACUAUUAUAGCAAUAUUUAUGUUGCUGAGCCAACUUGGAAUAUGUACUGUGUUUGUAAUAUUCACAACGGACAGCUUAAGAGAUAUAAUGGACUGGCCGACAUCCAGACCGGCGAUGGCUGUAUUAUUUCUGCCUUAUCUAUUUUUAGAAUACUUUAUGAAAACUUUAAAAGUCAUCAGUUAUAUAUCUAUGAUGGGCACCCUUUUUAAUUUUGUCGGAUUGAUUUUUGUGGUAUACCACAUAUUUCUUGCUCCUCACGGCGUUCUCAUUUAUGCGGCGAAAAAUUACCUGAAUUUCUUCUUUGUUAUUGGUACUUGCUUAUUUAACUUGAGCGCAGUGGGAGUGGUCCUGUCACUUGAUAAAGCUUUAAAAGACCCGACCGUUUUGACGAAACCUUUCGGGGUCAUUAGAUUCGAGAUGGUCAUCAUAACGAUAAUAUUAACGAUUUUUGGAGCGUUGGGUUACUGGGCCUUCGGUACUAUGGAGGAGAACGUGCUGAGGUCCCUUCCGUUUGACGAUGAUACAGCUAUGGUCGCGAUAGGAAUAUAUUUAGUGUCGAUAGCAUUCGCUUAUCCCAUACAAUGCUAUCCAGCGAUACAAAUCGUAAUUGAGAUAAUAAAGAACAGGGAUGUUCCCGACCCUCCAUCGAACACGACAUUGAAGAAAAUUGAGUAUAUAGCAAGACCAAUUUUCGUCUUAGCCACUUUUAUCGUGUGCUAUUUUAUACCAAUACAAGGUGCGUUCGUGGCUUUUGUUGGAAACCUCUGCACUACUUUAAUAGCUUUAGUAUUUCCUGCUUUAAUGGAAGCUUGUAUUUUAUAUCCGAAUCAUUUCGGCAAAUAUAAAAUAUAUUUGAUAAAGGAUAUCAUUAUAAUAACAUUCGGCCUCACUGCAUGGUUGUUAGGAGUGGCUUUAUGCGGUGAUCUUAUUUACAUUAGGAUCCUUACUAUGAAUGCUAUAAAUAAUUAUAUGGAGUAUUAGAAGUUUUACUAGUUUUAUAUAAAUAAAAGUUGAAUCGUUUAAGCAUA